AUGUCGGGCUUUGUUAUGCCCGGCCAAGUCUCGAACUCGCCCGGAGGUUCCGGAGGCUCUUUCUCGACCGGCCAAGGUAGUACACCAACUUUGGAGAUCAGCGUGGCAUGCCAAAAUUUGGCAAACAAAGAUUGGACCUCGAAAUCCGAUCCGUUCUGUGUCCUUUAUGAACUAUCCGGAUCCCAUUGGCAGGAGAUGGGACGUACUGAAACCAUUCAAGAUUGCCUGGAACCCGCGUGGCAGACCAAGUUCUUGGUGAAUAACUCACAACAACUGCUCAAAUUUGAGGUCUACGACCAUGACAAGGAUUCCUCCAAUCUUAAGAGGCAAGACUUCCUUGGUGGUUUGGAGGUUCCUUUGGCCAAUUUGGUUACCGCUCCUGGGGGACGUUUCAUAUCCGUGAUGAAGGAGGGUCCGAGUAAGCGUGGUCGCUUCACUUUCGUAACGGAGGCAAGAACUGACAAUAGCGAUACCAUCACCUUACAAUUGGCCGCGGAAAAGGUGGAUAAGAAAGAUAUGUUCAGCAAGAGUGAUCCCUACUUUGUCUUGAGCAAAUCCGCCGUCCAAGGUAACUUCGUCACAGUGCAUAAAAGUGAGACGAUCAAGAACACACUCAAUCCAGUUUGGGCUCCUAUUACCAUACCCGUGGUUGAUGUGUGUAAUGGGGAUUACGAUCGGAAGCUCCAGAUUGAGGUCUAUGAUUGGGACAGUAAUGGUUCACAUGAUAUCAUCGGUAGCUUCACCACCACGCUCAGAGAGAUGGGUUCUGCCAUGGUGGCUGGGAAAGACUUCCCGCUCAUCAAUUCCAAGAAGCUUAGCAAAAAGGGUUACAAGAACUCGGGGAUAGUCAAGUUGAAGAGCUUUAAAGUUGGUGGAGAGUACCAAUUGGCUUGUUUGCCUUCCAUCAAGAGAAACGGCCAUUAA